AUGGAGAAGCUGUUUGUCUUAGUCUUUGCUCUCACCCUACUGGUUUUCUCCUCAGAGGCCUCCCCGAUUCUGACAGAAAAGCAAGCCAAGCAGCUCCUGAGGUCCCGGCGACAGGACAGGCCCAGCAAACCUGGAUUCCCUGACGAGCCCAUGCGGGAGUAUGUGCACCACCUGCUGGCCCUGGAGCACCGUGCUGAGGAGCUGUUUCUGGAACACUGGCUGAAUCCCCACUGCAAGCCUCACUGCGACAGGGACCUGGUCCACCCUGUGUAA